UUAAUACACAAUCCUUUGUUAUCCGAUCUCUAUUUUCUUGCUCCCCUGUCUUUCUCUCUCCACAUCUUUCUGUAUCUCUCUCUCGUCUCGUUGCAGAUACACUCCCUCUUCAAAGUUUAAACAAGACCAACCAUCUCUCUCACUAGUCUCACUCCCACUCUCCUCUCUUCCCCCCCUCUCUCCCUCUCUCCUCCCUCCUCCCUCCCUCCACUCCUCUCUCUCUCUCUCUCUCUCUCUCUCUCUCUCUCUCUCUCUCACACACAUGUUAGCUGAAGCCCCGGCUUGACUAAAGCAAUGAAGAAGACGAAUGAUUUGCUUUCGUGUCUCAUUUUUAUCUUCUCCGCAUUGUAUGUAGCAGCAGCGAACAAUGUCACUUACGACAGUCGCUCUCUCAUCAUCAACGGCCAGAGAAAGCUCCUCAUCUCCGCUGCCAUUCAUUAUCCUCGCAGCGUCCCCGCGAUGUGGCCAGGACUGGUGCAAACAGCAAAGGAAGGAGGUGUUGAUGUUAUCGAGACCUAUGUCUUCUGGAAUGGUCACGAAACUGCUCCUGGACAAUUCUAUUUUGGCGGAAGGUAUGAUUUGGUUAAAUUCGUGAAGAUUGUGCAAGAGGCCAAGAUGUACUUAAUUCUUCGCAUCGGACCAUUUGUUGCCGCUGAAUGGAACUAUGGAGGCGUACCUGUUUGGCUGCAUUAUGUUAAUGGCACCGUAUUUAGGACUGAUAAUGAACCCUUCAAGCAUUACAUGCAAAAUUUUAUGACAUAUAUAGUUAACAUGAUGAAGAAGGAGAAGUUUUUUGCAUCACAAGGAGGCCCCAUCAUCUUAAGUCAGGUGGAGAAUGAGUAUGGCUUUUAUGAAGGAGCAUAUGGAGAUGCUGGCAAAGCAUAUGCUUCUUGGGCAGCAAACAUGGCUGUGUCCCAAAAUACUGGGGUCCCUUGGAUAAUGUGCCAGCAAUGGGAUACUCCAAAGUAUGUGAUAAAUACAUGCAAUUCAUUUUACUGUGACGAUUUCAAGCCGAGCUACCCAGAUAUGCCAAAAAUAUGGACAGAGAACUGGCCAGGAUGGUUCAAAACUUUUGGAAGUAGAGAUCCACAUAGGCCUGCUGAAGAUGUUGCUUUCUCUGUCGCACGUUUUUUUCAGAAAGGGGGGAGUUUGCAUAAUUAUUACAUGUAUCAUGGUGGGACAAACUUUGGGCGUACUUCUGGCGGGCCAUUUAUCACUACAAGUUAUGACUAUGAUGCUCCUGUUGAUGAGUAUGGUUUGCCGAGGCUUCCAAAAUGGGGGCACUUGAAGGAACUUCAUAAAGCUAUCAAAUUGUGUGAGAAUGCACUGCUGAACAAUGUACCAACUACACUUUCUCUUGGCCCUUUGCAAGAGGUUGAUAUUUAUGGAAAUGGUUCAGAAAACUGUGCCGCAUUUAUUGCUAAUAUGGAUGAUAAAGAUGACAAGAUAGUAAUCUUUCACAAUCAAUCAUUCCACCUGCCAGCAUGGUCUGUUAGCAUCCUGCCGGAUUGCAAAAAUGUAGUGUUCAACUCAGCAAAGGUUGGCUCACAAUCAUCAGUAGUUGAGAUGGUAACAGCAGAAUUAAAGUCAUCUGGCACAUCGCCGGAUAAAGAUGUGAAAGUUUCGAAAUGGGAAGUGUUUGUGGAAAGAGCUGGCAUAUGGGGUGAUGCCGAUUUUACUCAUAAAGGCUUUGUGGAUCACAUCAAUACAACUAAGGAUACUACAGACUACCUUUGGUACACCACCAGUUUAAAUGUUGACGAAAAUGAAGAUAUCUUAAAGAAUGGAAGCAAAGCAAGACUUCUAAUUGAAUCAAAGGGCCAUGCUCUCCACGCCUUUGUGAAUGAAGUACUUCAUGGUAGUGCAGCAGGUAAUGGUACUGUAUCACCAUUUAAGACUCAGAUUCCUAUUUCCCUCAAGGCGGGGAAGAAUGAAAUUGCACUCUUAUGUAUGACAGUUGGCCUAAGUAAUGCAGGAGCCUUUUAUGAAUGGGUAGGAGCUGGUUUAACCAGUGUGAAGAUCGAGGGUCUUAAAAAGGGAAAGCUUGACUUAUCAAAUAGUACAUGGACCUAUAAGGUUGGGGUACAAGGAGAGCAUCUGGGUUUAUACAAGGCAGAUGGUUUGAAUCACGUGAACUGGAAAUCAACUCUAGAAGCACCUAAGAAUCAGCCCCUGACUUGGUACAAGGCAAUUUUGGAUUCUCCCCCUGGAAAUGAACCUGUAGGACUUGACAUGGUUCAUAUGGGAAAAGGCCUAGCUUGGCUAAACGGGGAGGAAAUAGGAAGAUAUUGGCCUAGAAAAAGCUCUAAAAAGGAAGAAUGUGUUGAUAAGUGUGACUAUAGAGGGAAGUUCAGCCCUAAUAAAUGCAGCACCGGAUGUGGGGAACCAACACAAAGAUGGUACCAUGUUCCACGGUCUUGGUUCAAGCCAUCAGGAAACAUUCUGGUUAUUUUUGAAGAAAAAGGUGGAGAUCCUUCUCAAAUAAGAUUUGCAACACGAAUAUUCUCGAGCAUUUGUGCCCACUUGUCAGAAAAUCACCCCACUUUCGAAAUUGAAUCUGCACCAAAAGAUAAAGACGCAAAUCAUAAAACUAAAUCUACUGUACAGUUGAAGUGUCCCCCAAGUACUCGCAUUUCCAGCCUUAAAUUUGCCAGCUUUGGAACUCCUGCGGGCACCUGCGGAUCCUUCACCAUGGGCAAUUGUCAUGAUCCCAAUACAACUUCUUUGGUUGAACAGGUCUGCUUGAACAAAUUUAGGUGCAGCAUUGAACUUUCAGACAAGAACUUUAACAAGGAUUUGUGUCCCGGUGUAACAAAAUCACUUGCUGUUGAAGCAGUAUGCAGCUGAAAUUUAUUUUAGCAGCACCGCUUCACACGAAAUAUUAUAAUUCAGUAAAAGAAGAACACUAGCAAGUUCAAUAUAUACAGAAGGAAUUACAGGCCUAUUUCUUCUCAAAGGGAAAUGUAUUCCCCUAAUGAGAUUAUUGUUUUUUGACAUAUCGGAUCUAAAAGUAGUUCCUAUAUAUUAUAAACCUGGUAAAAAAGCUCCAGGUUUUUAUC